GAUGUCCCCACGUGACUUUUCCUCUGGUACUUGAUGAAAGCAACCUUGUCGUCGGCAUGCAUGGGCGCGGCACAAGCACUGAGGGGAAUUCAAACUUCAGAUGAUGAUAAACAGACUGGCGUAAUGGUAGGUAGGCGAGGAGAGUUUUACACAUCCCUGAUGAGGACCAUCAAACGCAGACCCGAAGGUGGAGUGGACGAGCACCUCAAAUAGCGGGGCCACGGAUCCAUCGUCAAUGCCCCAACAUCUGCAAUCCGCCUCCCGCACGUUGAACGCGAGUGGCCUCUCAUCCUUUAGCUGUCAAGCUCACUCGCGCUCUCCUUGGUGUGCUCGCCGCCUCGCAGACACAGGAUGACCGACGAAAUACAACCAGCGCCGCCCUCGGCACCGUCUGACAAGGCGCAAGUUGCGGUCGUUCACCUGUCUCAUGACGAUGGCGCCAUAACGGCUAAGGUCGAUGCGAGCGUACUGGCUGAGCCCGUCGACCCAAAGCAAGCUCGCAAGGCCAAACUCUCCGACAUGUUUACUGUUCUUGCCUCUGGCGCUGCUCUAAUAUCCGACGGCUACCAAAACAACGUUUUAACGCUCGUCAAUGUGCUCUUCGCCAAGCGGUACGGCUCCAAUGUAUACAACAGUGAUAUCUCGACGCGAGUGUCGAACGCAUUGCUGGUAGGCGCGGUGCUCGGUCAAGUCACUGUCGGUAUCAUCUGCGAUCGCGUCGGGCGAAAAAGCGCCAUCCUCAUCACUACAACGCUGCUCGUAAUUGGUGCGAUCUUCGCGACGGCUGCGACGGCCGUGCAUGGCUCCACGAAUGCGCUCUUCUGGUGGCUCACAGUCUCCCGCGGCGUAGUCGGCUUCGGUGUCGGGGGCGAGUACCCCGCUUCGAGCGUCAGCGCGUCGGAGGCUUCGAAUGAGAGGUAUGGCCAAAAAUCGCGCUCAUCCGUCUUCAUCGCUGUCACCAACGUCGUACUCUCGCUCGGCGGCCCUUUCGCCGUAUCAGUCUUUCUCAUCGUACUCUCCGCCACUGGAUACUCCAACACGACCCAAGCCUGGGACCUGAAGCGCCUCGACAUCACUUGGCGUGUCUGCUUUGGCUUUGGCGCGCUUCUGCCACUGAGUGUCUUCUGGUUUCGAUGGAGGAUGCUCAAUUCCAAGCUCUACCGCGCCAACGCGAUCAGGCAGAAUGUCCCUUACUGGCUGGCGCUCAAGAAGUACUGGCCACGACUGGUCGGCACGACUGUCGUUUGGUUCUUAUAUGACUUUGUAACCUUUCCCAACGGCGUCUUCUCGGGCACGAUCAUAUCCACCAUCAUACCUGGAGCGACCCUCAAGCAGACAGCCGAAUACCAGCUCCUGCUCAGCUCUAUCGCUCUGCCCGGCGCACUGCUCGGUCCCUUCCUGAUCCGCUGGCUCGGCAGCAAGUACCAGCUCAUGCUUGGCUUUGCAGGAUACUUGGUCGUUGGUCUCAUCAUCGGCCUGUCCUGGAACCACCUCAUCACUGUACCCGGCGCUUUCGUGUUCAUGUAUGGCAUGCUGGCGAGCAUGGGAAAUGCAGGGCCCGGCAGUGUAUGCGGUCUCAUUGCUUCUGACAGCUAUCCGACUGCGCUUCGUGGCUCUUUCUACGGAUUUUCGGCUGCCAUUGGUAAGGUUGGCGCAGCAGUUGGUACUCAGGCCUUCCUGCCUAUCCAAAAGAACCUCGGAAAACCCGCGACGUUCUACUUUUCCGCCGGCAUUGGCGUCCUGGGCAUCCUGAUAGCCUGGUUCUUUGUCGUCGACACGGCCAAGCUCGACCUAGCCAUGGAGGAUGAAGAGUGGCGGCAGUACCUCCUCGCCAACGGCUGGAAUGGAUACAUGGGAGAUGGGACUGUGCCAGAGCACAAUGCGAGCGAUUUCGUGCCGUCACUCGCCGCUUCGUCCAAGGCGACACGCGAAGAGAUGUGUGACUUGGAGGAUGCGGAGCAGGCACAAGAUGCAGAAGGCGUCCAAGGCAAAUAGAUUGUGCAUUCCAGUGUAUUUGCUUCCUUGCUUGCACAUGUGUCUACAAACUGCUUCACAGGGUGUAUGCUGACAUGCUAUGGCCUAGAUUUUGAAUACAAAUUUAUUUGCGUUCCCUCCAGCUCGCGGCAGAUCCGAGUCAGGAGAAGUCCACAGUGACAGGAGGAAGCAGGCUUUAGCUUGUACAUUGGUGUGUUUUUCUGAUAUGCAGCCCUGCUGUCGUCUCGUCUUUUCCGUAGCAUGUGCUCCGUAAUAUAGCC